AUGGCCCCUAAGAAGAACAAGAAGACCGCCGACUCCAUCAACUCGCGCCUUGCGCUUGUGAUGAAGUCCGGAAAGGUCACCUUGGGAUACAAGUCUACCUUGAAGAGUCUCCGUACCGGAAAGGCCAAGCUCGUCAUCAUUGCUGGCAACACUCCUCCUCUCCGCAAGUCUGAGCUCGAGUACUACGCCAUGCUUUCCAAGACUUCCGUCCACCACUUCUCCGGCAACAACAUCGAGCUUGGCACCGCUUGCGGUAAGCUCUUCCGCUGCUCCACCAUGUCCAUUCUCGACGCUGGUGACUCUGAUAUCUUGAGCACCAACACCGAGUAG